AUGAGUAUGGAAUAUUACGGUGCUAUGCUUCCCAAUUCCACGUACGGAAACUUUCCAAAUACUACUUCUACUACCACUACAAACGCCGAAGAAGAUUUCAUGGAUGAAUUACUAUUUGAAGGAUGCUGGUUAGAAAGCUCAUCAGGCUUCAACUUUAUGCAACCUUUUUCUUCCAAUCCUCAUCCUCUCGUGGUAGAUCCUUGGCAUUACUUGCCGUCUUUCGAGUCCAAUUCCGCACUUUCAAACAUGAACCCACAUCACCAAAUCUACCAGCAAGAUCACACUGCAGAUCAAGGAAGCCUAACAGAGAACCACCAUGAAAACUACAACUGCUUUGUAAUUGAAAGCAGCAGCAAUAGCCGUAGUAGUGGAAAUGGUAAUGGUGGUCAUAUAGGAGGGAGCAGAUUGUGGAUUGGACCCAGGGCUUAUCCUAAUCCUUCUUCUUCAGUCAAAGAGAGACUAAUGCUGGCUAUUGGACACUUGAAAGAAUGUACCAAGCAUAGGGAUGUACUUAUCCAGAUUUGGGUUCCAGUUAGAAAAGGUGGGAAACAAAUGCUUACUACUUAUGAUCACCCUUAUUAUCUUAACACAAACUGCAAAAGUUUGGCAAAUUAUCAGCUCUUGACUGAGGAGGAUUCGACUGAGUCUGUCAGGUCGCCCCACCGGACAUUCCUCGGGAAGUUGCCGGAGUGGAAGCUGGACGUUCGUUUCUUCCAGAGCUACGAGUAUCCGAGGGUUAAUUAUGGACAGCAGCAUGAUGCUAGAGGUUCUUUGGCUGUUCCAAUUUUUGAACGUGGAAGUGGGACUUGUUUGGGUGUUAUUGAGUUUGUUAUGACUACUCAAAUGGUCAAUUAUCGUCCAGAAGAAUAUGUCUGCCAAGCUCUUGAGGCUGUUGAUCUUAGGAGUUCUCAAAACUUCAUCCCUCCAAACAUAGAGGCUUGUGAUGAGUUGUACCAAGCUGCUCUGAGUGAGAUUGUGGAGGUUCUGACAUCGGUCUGCAAGACUAAUAGGUUGCCAUUAGCCCUAACUUGGGCACCAUGCGUCCAACAAGGUAAAGGAGGUUGCAGGCACUCUGAUGUGAACUAUGCUCGUUGUGUUUCAACAGUAGACUCUGCUUGCUUGGUGAUUGAUCUAGAGAUCUUGGGAUUCCAUGAGGCCUGCUCUAAGCAUCACCUGUUUCGAGGCCAAGGAAUAGUCGGCACAGCCUUCUCAACAAGUAAAACAUGCUUUGCAACUGAUAUUACAGCCUUCAGCAAGACAGAAUACCCUCUUUCUCACUAUGCUAGGAUGUUCGGGAUGCAUGCUGCUGUGGCAAUUCCCCUUCGAACUGUCUAUACCGGAUCAUCUGAUUUUGUCUUGGAGUUUUUCUUACCUCAGGAUUGCCAUGAUCCGGAAGAACAAAAACAGAUGCUGAAUUCAUUGCCCAUCGUUAUACGACAGGCCUGUAGGAGUUUGUAUGUUGUUGACGAUAAGGAACCUGAAGAAGUGAUGCAGCCAAUUAGGGAAACAAUUGUUCUUUCAGACUUGAGACUUGGCAAAGAGGAGAGUCAGAAUCUGGGACCUCCUUCUGAAGAAACAUCUGAAAAAGAGUCUUCUUGGAUUGCACAUAUGGAGGCUCAACAGCAGGGUAGAUGUCUCUCUGUCUUGCUGGAUUAUCAGAUGGAAGAACCCAAAGAAGAGCUCAAAGGGACAACCCACUGGGAUAGCAAUCAAGGAGGUUUACCAAAUGGACAAGUGUUUACAGACUUUCGGCAACUUAAACAAAGUUCCGGACACAAAGUUUCUGUUGAAGGUGGUGGAAAUUCUUACUCUUUCGGUGGCCAUUGCUCUUCAGGUGGCAGGAAAGCAGGUCGGAGAAGGCAUACCAAGACAGAGAAGGCAAUCAGCUUGCAAGUUCUUCAGCAAUACUUUGCAGGGAGCCUGAAAGAUGCCGCUAAGAGUAUUGGUGUAUGCCCCACCACUCUGAAAAGGAUAUGCAGACAGCACGGGAUUACCAGAUGGCCUUCUCGAAAGAUAAAGAAGGUAGGACAAUCUCUAAGGAAGCUCCAGCUCGUGAUCGACUCUGUCCCAGGUGCUGAGGGUGCCAUUCAAAUUGGAUCCUUCUAUUCAACCUUCCAAGAAUUGAGCUUCCCUAAGUUUCAGGAGAGUGACUCCUUCACAUCAAUGAAAUCAAGCAACCAAUCCAAGCAGUUAAACUCUCAAUCUGAGAGUGGGUUAUUCAGUCAGGGAGGGACAACGAAGUCUCCUUCAGCCUUGUGCAGUCAAACUUCUGGUCUGAGUGUCUGUGCUGCUGAAGCAAAACAGCAUAUCACCAAUAUUAACGGCAUUAGUUGUACAGAUGCUUUAAUGGCAAAAGACCCUGUUGGGAUGCUUAAGAGAGAUUGCAGCGAUGGAAAAUUACUUGCCUGCAACCUAGAGGAAACAAAGAUUCUGCCAAGAUCUCAAAGCUAUAAAGCAUUAAGUAAAACUCAAACUCUUGAGUCCCUACAUCCCAUGCUAGGAAGUAGUGGAUGGAAUUUCUGUGAUGGGGGUGCUUUAAGAGUUAAAGCAUAUUUCGGGGAUGAAAAAAUCCGAUUUACCCUGCAAUCCAAUCAUUCUUUCGGAGAUUUGCAACUGGAGCUUGCAAGGCGUUUCAAUUUACAUGACAUCAGUACAAUUGAUAUCAAAUAUUUAGAUGAUGAUCAUGAGUGGGUGCUUUUGACAUGCAAUGCAGACCUUGAGGAGUGUAUGGAGAUAUAUAAAUCAUCUCAAAGCCACACACUUCAACUUUCUCUUCAACGAGCUCCAUUUCCAAAUCAAGGGAGUUCAUUUGGUAGCAGCAGCUGA